GUAUGAAUAGGUCCAAAUUUCGAAAGUUGACAUAUUUGUUCAAAGCUGUUUGCAUGCAAACCUGUGUGUGUGGUUGUGAGAGGUGGUGUGGGCGUAGUGUGAAGGUGGAGAGUCAACCAGAGAAGACAUUUGGUGUUAGAGGUCAUUUCCUCAUCGGACUAAUGAGACAAAGCUGCAGGUUUCAUGUCUGAAUCGAACAAAGGAAGGACAGGAAGGAAAAUGAGGAAGACGUUUGCUUGUGAUGAAUCGAUGAUCAUCACCAUCCCAAUCGGGAGCCUGAAGAACAUUCAGGAGGGUCAGCUGAUGCCGGAGAACUUCCACUGUGUGUUCAGGGAUAACUACAAGGUGUUUGCUGUCAGAGGAAAGCCGAAACCACUCGGGGCAGCUCAAGCAAUUGCUGGUGUUUUCAUUUUUACUCUUGGAAUGAUUUACCAGGAGCAAUCUGCCAUGUUCACCUGCAUUCCUUCAAGUGUUCUGUUUUUGAUCUCAGGCAUGCUGUCCUAUGCCGCAGGGAAAUGUCCAAACAUGCAUGUGACCAAACUGUCCUUCUCCCUGAACAUCGUCAGCUUCUUCGGUUCACUGGUCGCCUUUUCGUACUGCAUAACCAUGUUUGAUCAUCCUAAGAAUCCAUAUAAUGGCACUAAGCAUUACCAGUUAAGUCAUGGGAUUGUCGGCCUGAUCAUGACUCUGCUGGUCUUUGAAUGCAUGAUGGCACUCUUCUUGAUCUACUGGUUGAGUAAAGCUGUAUGCAGAGAACAUUUCAACACCUUGCCCAUCAUCAUGCUGAAGCGGGAGGACUGAAUGAAGAACACAGAGCAGAGCAAGAAAUGAUCAGCUCCUGACCACGUUUUCAUUUUACACCAUUACAAUUCAACAUUAUUUUAGCAAUUUUUGCUGCUUUGCUAAAAAGGCAAACAAUGUGGAAGUCUGUUUAAAAGCACACAAAUAGAACUUUCAUAUUUAAAAUACAUCACUGCUGUAAUUUAAAUAGCUUACUUGUUCUGUACAGUUCUUUUUAUUGUAACACAUACAGGCUUGUUUGUGUUAUCACAUUAGAUGUUAUGUUCAGCUGCACUGGCUGAUGUGUGCAAAGUGGCUUUGAAACACUUAAAGUUCUUAAAAGUUUUUUGGUUUUUUACAUUUCUAGAAAAAAACUCUCUGUUCUUCCUCUGACAAAGUGCAAAUAUUAGAAUGAAGUUUCUAUUUGGAUAUGAACCUUUUGCAAGUUGAACUAUGGUAAAUAAAGAAGUGAUUUAACUUUGUAACUAUUAAAAACAUC